UCUUACAAUGAGCCACCCUGUAUUCAAAUUUAAAACACCCGGCAGUAGAUGUAUCGAGAACUUAGAUCUUAUAAACUUCAUCGAGAAUCGAUAAUUCGUUCUUGUCACAUCCUUACUAGUAACAUAACCCAACAUUUGGCAUCACCCAAAUCUAUGGCAUCACCUAAAAACAUUAAUAAAGUGUUUUUUGAAUAGUUAUAUUAAAUUUUAUAUUUAUAUAAAUAAUGACUACCCUGGAACAAGGUUUUAAGGAAAAAAUUUGCAACCUCCUUACGGAAUUAAGCUGCUGCCAUAGAUGUAUCGUUCGUUUCUUGGGCAUACAUGUUUUGGAUAACGAGAAAGCAUAUCAAAACCCAAAAGAGUAUUUGAAAGAACUUCUCCAUAAUACAGAAAACUACACAGGACCUGAACCUAAGAGAAUUAAAGCAAAUGUUUGCCCAGUUUGUUUAAACUGUUAUAAUUCAGAAACACUAGAAAAAAUAUUAGAAAGUUAUAAGUUAGUAAGCAAGGAAUACAAUGCAUACAACACUUUCUUUUUUAAUGUAAGCUUUCCAAAAUGCUUAUCUAUAAGAGCACAUAGCAUGUAUCUGUAUUUAGUAGAAAAAUUCCCGAAUACUCCUUUUGGAAAUUUAUAUAAUUCAACAGAUACAAUGUUAGAACAACCUCACAGAAUUUUUCGAUCUGUUGCAUCUAGUAUCUUGUCAAAAACAUUAAAUAAAACAUUUCACCCAAAAUCCAAUUUAAGUUUAUUAAUUACAUUAGCAUAUAAAGAUGAUAAUACAGAAGUAGAAGCUAUAACAAACAUAUUAGGAAAAAAGAAAAGAAACAAAUUUGAAGUCAGUCGAAAUAACAUAUUUGAACUUCUUAAAGAUAUAGACGAAGAAAAAUUUAAAAAAUACUUUCCGGUACCUCCUAUUAUUCCACAAGAAGAAAUUUCUAUUGAAAAGAUUGAUUUGUGCGCUGAUCCUAUAUAUCUUGGAGGAAGAUACUUUAAAUUUAAGCGAAAUGUGGGACAGACUCCUUGGGUUAUUGAUGGAGUAAGUGUUUCUGAACACAACGUCCAAGACAUAAUUUUUGAUGCUAUUUGUGAUACACUCGGAUUUGAUAGAAAACAGAUGACUUUUUCAGCGAGCGGUAGGGAAGACCUUGAUGUACGAAUGUUGGGCACAGGACGUCCAUUUUAUAUCAAAAUUGAAAAUCCAGCCAACAGAAAUAUCUUAAAAAGUCAACUGUUAGCCAUAGAAGAAAGCAUUUUAAAAACGGAAUUAGCUGCUGUUGUAAAACUAAAAAUUGUAUAUGCCUCUGACUUGAACAAGAUAAAAACCGGAGAAGAGUCGAAAAAGAAAACAUACAAGGCUCUGUGUAAAACUGAUGCUCCGGAUAUUAAACAAGCAAUAGAGAAAAUCAAUGCACUGGAGGCACUUGAAAUCACUCAAGCAACUCCGAUGAGGGUAUUACAUAGAAGAAGUUUACUACCUAGAACAAAAACUAUUCAUAAAAUGGAAGCCAAAGAGACUGAAGGAAAUCUAUUUGAAGUAGAAAUUGUAACCCAAGCAGGCACAUACGUAAAGGAGUUUGUACAUGGAGAUCUUGAGAGGACCUGCCCCAAUUUAUGUUCUAUAGUGGGCUAUUCAACAGACAUAGUUGCAUUAGAUUGUAUUGAUAUUAAUUUGGAGUGGCCUUAAAGAAUUGUUCUAUAUAUUUUUUCUACGUAAUGGAACUGUGUAGCCUAAACACAAAAAAACUAAAAUUUGUUCAAACAUGAAUAAAAGAAAUUGUCUUUUUA